UUGAACUCACACCCUGAGAUCAAGACCUGAGCUGAAACUGAGAAUAGGACAUUUAACCGACUGAGCCACCCAGGUGCCCCUAUCCAACUUUCCUUAUCUCCCCCCCUUCCCCCUCUUGAUUCCAUUCCUUUAUUCCGCUCUACCCAGAUGUUUUACCUGUAAUUUUCUGGAUAUACCCUUGAAUUAUUGCAUUUCUAAUUCCAUAAGAAAAUAUGCUAUAAUAAAAAUAGAAACAGGAAACAGAAAAGAAACAGGAUGACAUAAAAUAUAGAUUAGAAUAAGAGGUUGGAUGGAAUUAUAAUACAGAUGUGCACACCAUAGAGUUUUACCCUGAAGGUGAAGACUGAAGAGUACUCAUUGAUUUUUGUCACUGCAGAGGUGGUUGGUAAUUUUGACAAGCAAUUUCAGAGUGGGGAACAGAAGUGAGGUUGUAGUGAACAGUGUAUGAUUGUAAAAAGGUAUGGAAGUAUAGAUGGUGUAUAUAGACUAAUCUUUUAAGAACUUUAAGGCAGAGUCCUCUUUUCUGGCUAGAGCCACGGUGGGUGCAAAAAAGAAGAAAUAGAAGAUCUUUGCUGUGCCAGAAACCCUUAAGAAAAAGCUAUAAGGAAUUCCAUAGAGUUGAAGAUCAAGCAUCUGAGAAAAAAGUUUGCCCCAACGAUGCUUUGAAAGGCAAGGAGGAAGCUUAUUUAUGAAAAAGAUAGGCAUUACCACAAGGAAUACAGGCAGAUAUACAGAACUGAGAUUUGAAUGGCGAGGAUGGCAAGGAAAGCUGGCAACUUCUAUGUGUCUGCAGAACCCAAAUUGGCAUUUGUCAUCAGCAUCAGAGGUAUCAGUGGUGUGAGCCCAAAGAUUCGAAAGGUGUUGCAGCUUCUUUGCCUUCGCCAGAUCUUCAAUGGCACCUUUGUUAAGCUUAACAAGGCUUCAGUUAACAUGCUAAGGAUUGUGGAACCAUAUAUAGCAUGGGAGUACCCAAACCUGAAGUCAGUGAAUGAAUUGAUCUACAAGCGUUGUUAUGGCAAGAUCAACAAGAAGCGAAUUGCCCUGACAGAUAACACACUGAUUGCCCCAUCUCUUGGUAAAUAUGGCAUCAUCUGCAUGAAGGAUCUGAUUCACGAGAUCUGUACUGUUGGAAAAUGUUUCAAAGAAGCAAACAAUUUUUUAUGACCCUGCAAAUUAUCUUCUGCAUACAGGGGAAUGAAGAAAAAAGCACCCAUUUUGUAGAAGGUGGAGAUGCUAGCAACAGGGUAGACCAGAUCAAUAGGCUUAUUAGAAGGAUGAACUAAGGUAUCUACCAUGAUUAUUUUUCUAAUCUGGUCAGUUAAUAAAUGACUACUUUCAUUUUUUUUUUAAGAUGUUAUGUAUUUAUUCAUGGAGAGACAGAAAGAGAGAGAGAGAG